AUGUUCUUUGCAAGCUGGUCUACUGGUUAUGAAGACGUCCAGAAACAGGAUAAAGAUCUGAUGCCUCUCGACAGGAUCGGAUCGCCGCUGUUCAUGUCCGUCGCGGUGCCCGAGGAUUUGGGGCAAAGACUCCACUACUUGGAUAUGAUGUCGCAGUUGUGUGCCUCCGAUGUCCUCGCCUACGACUACUGUGGCUACGGCUUCAGCGAGGGUGAGCCCUCGGAGGAGAACUGCAUUCAAUGCAUCGACGCAGCCUAUGCAUACUUACUGCAGCACUUCGCGCCUAACCGCAUCGUGCUCUUCGGGCGCUCGAUCGGAACAGGGCCCACGGUGGACUUGGCAGUGCGCCAUCCCGAAAUCCGAGGAGUCAUCCUUCAGAGUCCGAUCGAGAGCUGUGGUCGUGCCGUCUUCGGGAAUCUGGCAUCUUGGCUCGGCUACAGGAUGGACCUGUUCCGGAAUUACGAGAAAGUGGACAAGGUGGAAUGUCCAGUCCUAGUUAUGCAUGGAACGGACGAUGACAUCGUCCCGAUUGAGAGUGGCAUGGCCAUCCAGGAGGCACGACUUAGGGUUACAGGUUGA